CCUCUACAGGAAGCGUGUAAAACGUCAUUGAUUUACGCGGGUGUGAGCAGAUCGUGAUUUGGAGAAGGAAUGGAUUUUUCACAAGUGGGCCCACCAGGUGGAGGUUUUUCUGACCCAAAUUCAGCGUUUGCCGACGCUUUAGCUCGUGCUAGACAGAUUGCAGCAAAGAUCAGUAGUGUUGACGGAGGAGGAAACGACUUGCCGAACGACAUCCAAGGCCUAAAGCGCCCCCUUCAGGACAGUUUUGGAGGUAAUCCUGAUGAUAGUGACGACUUUAAGAACAUGCCCUUCAUGUUUUCUGCGCAACCAGAGGCUAAAAAACCAGCUUACGACCCCUUCAGCUCCAGCCUGGGAUCUAAUAACUCUGCUGCUGCAGAAAAUGAUCCAAUAGGAGCCCAGUUACGAGCCAUAGCAGAACAGCAGCGGUAAGGGGCAUUUUCCGCUUCUUUCAAAUUUGCUUUAUGAAGUUUAGAAGUGUAUUUUAAGCUAACAUUAGAUUAUCCUUAUCGUCUGAUUCAUGUCUUAUUCUUUGACAUUUGCUUUAUGAAGUUUUAAAGAGUAUUUUAAGCUAACAUCAGAUUAUCCUUAUUGUCUGAUUCAUGUUUGCCACCUUUUCAUGCAUUGGAUAUAAAGUGAAUAAGGUUAUAGUGUGUUGUAGAGCUUUAUUAACUACUUG